AUGGAUACGCUGUUUAGGUUGGUUAGCCUCCAAGCCUCCGAGCAGCAGCAGCCGCAGCAGUCGGCGUCGUACAACUCCAGGAGCACCACCUCCAGCGGCGGCUCCAGGUCGUCGUCGCACCAGACCAACGCCUCCUACAACUACCACCACCACCACCACCACAGCAACAGCAGCAGCGGCGGCGGCGGCGGCGGUGGGCAGUACUACUAUAGCCAGCAGCAGCAGCCGCAGCAGUCGUACUACCUGGAGCCGUACCAAGAAGAAUGCGGCGGCAACGCCGAGCACCACCACCACCACCUUUACAUGGAUGAGGACUUCUCGUCGUCGUCUUCGUCCCGGCACUUCCACUCGCACGGUGGGGCGGUGCAGCCGCCGACCUCGUCCGCCACACCGACGGCGCCCACGCCCCCGCUGUCUACCUCGUCCACGGCGGCCGGAGCGGGGCACGCGCUGUUCGAGGCGGCCGACCUGUCUUUCCCGCCGGACCUCAACCUCGACUUCUCGUCCCCGGCGUCCUCGCCCGGCGGCGGGGGCACAGCGUCGUCCGCGGCGGUGGGUGGAGGAGGCGGCGGGAGGUGGGCCAGCCAGCUGCUCCUGGAGUGCGCGCGCGCGGUGGCGACGCGCGAGAGCCAGCGCGUGCAGCAGCUGAUGUGGAUGCUCAACGAGCUGGCCUCGCCGUACGGGGACGUGGAGCAGAAGCUGGCGUCCUACUUCCUGCAGGGCCUCUUCGCGCGCCUCACGGCGUCCGGUCCCCGGACGCUGCGCACGCUCGCGGCGGCCACCGACCGGAACACCUCCUUCGAUUCCACCCGCCGCACGGCCCUGCGGUUCCAGGAGCUCAGCCCGUGGUCGUCGUUCGGGCACGUGGCCGCCAACGGAGCCAUACUGGAGUCCUUCCUGGAGGCCGCGGCGGCGUCGUCGGAGCCGCAGAGGUUUCACAUCCUCGACCUCAGUAACACCUUCUGCACGCAGUGGCCGACGCUGCUCGAGGCGCUCGCCACGCGCUCCCCCGAUGACACGCCGCACCUGUCGAUCACCACCGUCGUGUCGGCCGCUCCGUCCGCGCCGACGUCCGCCGUCCAGCGCGUCAUGCGGGAGAUCGGGCAGCGCAUGGAGAAGUUCGCGCGGCUGAUGGGUGUCCCCUUCCGUUUCCGCGCCGUGCACCACUCUGGCGACCUCGCGGAGCUCGACCUCGACGCGCUCGACCUGACCGAGGGUGGCGCCACCACCGGGAUCGCCGUCAACUGCAUGAACUCGCUGCGCGGCGUGGUGCCGGGUGGCGCCCGCAGGCGCGGCGCGUUCGCCGCGUCCCUCCGCCGCCUCGGACCACGGAUCGUCACCGUCGUCGAGGAGGAGGCAGACCUGGUUGCAGCCGACCCCGAGGCAUCGUCCGACGAAGGCGGCCGCAACACGGAGGAAGCGUUCUUGAAGGUGUUCGGCGAGGGCCUACGGUUCUUCUCGGCUUACAUGGAUUCGCUAGAGGAGAGCUUCCCCAAGACAAGUAACGAGAGGCUGGCAUUGGAGAGGGCAGCAGGGCGUGCCAUUGUCGACCUGGUUUCGUGCCCAGCGUCGGAGUCCAUGGAGCGGCGGGAGACAGCGGUGGCAUGGGCGCGGCGCCUUCGGUCGGCCGGGUUCUCACCGGUGCCAUUCAGCGAUGACGUAGCCGACGACGUGCGGUCACUUCUUCGCCGGUACCGGGAGGGCUGGUCGAUGCGCGAGGCCGGCACGGAUGACUCGCCGGCCGGAGCUGGCGUGUUCCUUGCGUGGAAGGAGCAGCCCCUCGUGUGGGCAAGCGCGUGGAGGCCAUGA